CACAAAUGGGACUUCACAUAUCCACCAUUCACAGUCAGUUUGCCAAGUGUUUUCCAUGUAAUAUUGUAAUCCCCAUCAAAUUCGAUUUUGUAGUCCAAAAAUAUGGUAAACUAAGAUUCCAGGAGGUCCAUUUUUGUGAGCUAGGAAGGAAAGAAAGACCAUGGCAACUCUAGCAACCAUUGCUGCUCCCAAGCCCACCGCCGUCAAUGGCCUGGCCGGAAGCUCCUUCACCGGAACAAAGCUCCCCGUCAAAUCAUCUCGCCUCAACGUCAAACCCUCCAAAGCAAGGGCUGGUGCUAUUGUGGCCAAGUAUGGAGAAAAAGAUGUGUACUUUGACUUGAAAGACAUGGGAAACACCACUGGGCAGUGGGACUUGUAUGGGUCUGAUUCACCUUCACCAUACAAUCCUCUUCAGAGCAAGUUUUUCGAGACAUUUGCUGCUCCAUUUACGAAGAGAGGUCUGUUGCUGAAAUUCUUGCUGCUAGGAGGUAGUUCCACUCUGCUUUACCUUAGUGCUAAGGCAGACCGUAACAUUCUUCCCAUCAAAAUGGGCCCCCAACUUCCUCCCGUGCCUGGACCCCGCGGAAAGAUCUAACUAUGUAAUUGUUUGUUCACUUUGUUGUAUCUGAUGUACCUCUCUGCAGCUUGCAAGUAUAAUAAAGAAAGCCUACUUAAGACCAUAUUUGGAGUUCACCACUUGAAAUCUCACAUUGAUGAACCCCCUACUUAUUAGUUUAAUUAAUGUUGG